AUGAUACACGAUGUUGGGGACCUUGACUUCUUCGGGAUUCGAAACCUACGAAAGCAAAAUGGACCGACGACUUUGCUUACAAGAAAUGCCGCUACGAUCUCACGCACAUGUGCCAAAUAUUCCGGGAGGAAAACUCCAAAUGUUUUCGCCGUCGAUGCCACAAGCUUCAACCACUUGGAGAAAAUGUGCCAGCUUGUUAGCAUGCGUCUAGCAUCCGCUGGUGAUGAUAACCAGGCUGGAGAUGCUCAAGAAUCGAGUGAGGAGAAGGAGAAGGAGAACCUCCUUCGUGGGCCGAAGUCACAGGUGAGCAAAUCCAAUUCCAACAGAAAAGAUACCAUAUGGGUACUAUUAGAUCGAUCUUCAGAGCCCCCUCCCCCCAAGCCGCCUACUCUCCAAUGCGCCCAGAAGACCUCCCCCCCGCUCCCCCAUGGCCUGCCCAUCUGGGAGGAGAUGGACAAGUUUGAGGAGCUGUGA